CAAAACAAAGACGGCGUAUUUUGCAAAACAUCACGUAGAUAACAAUAAAAUCCAGCGUAUUCAUUAAUAAUACAAAAGUAGCUGCGCAAAAGCAUCAUGUCAACGGUCGAGGCGACAACUGCUGGCGAAGUGGAGGAGGAUGUGGAAUUCGUGGACAUGGCCUUCACAAAGGAGUUGCGUAAAGCGACCAAAGAUGUGCACAAACUGACGGAUGUGUUGGUGAAUGCAAAGUUCGCUAUUGCUCUUUCCGAUGAUGAGGUCUGGUACGAUGGACUCUUGGCCUUCUACGAACUGUACAAAUUCUUUGAGACACAUCUUCCUGAGCGUUUGUUGCCAAAGGAGCUCCACAGGGCUGCCGCCUUUGAGCGGGACUUUGCCUAUUUUUACGGCCCUAACUGGAAGGACAACUAUGAGCCUCGUCCUGAAGUUAAAAAGUAUCUGGAGCACCUUGAGAAAGUGACCGCCAAAAAUGAAUUGCUUCUAUUUGCUUAUUCUUAUCAAAUGUACAUGGCCCUGAUGUCGGGUGGCCAGAUGCUGCAAAAGAAGAGGAUGAUUGCACGCAAGCUAUGGAUUUUUCCACAAGGCGAAGACGAGGAGAAGCAGAAUCAUGCAGAAAAGGAGGCCGAAUUGAUAACAGACAAAAAGGCCAACGGGGAAGAUGAAGACCUGGAGUCCAGACCAAUGCCACCGCAGGUCACAAUCUGUCCUCCCGGCUGUGAGGCUACCUUUUUCCCAGAAAAGAUAUCUGUUCUUAAGGCCAGGCUCAGGAGAGUCUUCAAUAAUCACUACGGUGCAUUUGACGACGAACUCCGAGAGGCCUUUAUCGAAGAGAGCCGAAAUGUCUUUCGCCUGAAUAUUGAAGUUGUACGGACAAUCAAGGGCGUCAACCGUGUUUAUCUGAAGAAACUGGCUAUUGCGGCUAUCUUCAUAUCGAGUAUUGUCUUGGCUGUAAGGUUGGCUUUUAAGUAGGGACGUUCCCGCCAAAUUAAUUGCUAACAGCUCCAUAGAUUAGAAUUGUGAUUAUAUAUUUAUAUAAAAUUGUUUAUUCAAGUACUAAAUAAUGCAAAAUAUGUUUUGAAAACACA